AGUUGCCGCGAGGUUCUUUGCUCCUCCCAGCGCCUGCCUGCUGGACCCCGCGACCCCCGGAAUUCCGCGGCGCGCAGAAUACUCGAGGGAGAGAGAAAGAGAGAGCGAAGGAAGGACCCCCGUCGCCGCAGGGGGCGCCGGUCGCUUAGGAGUCACGAGCCGAACCGCGGGUCGUCCCGCGGCCAGAAGCGGCGAGGUGCGAUUCCCGAACGGGACUCCGUGGAUCGCCCGAGGGAAGUCACCAGGAGCCGAGCGCAAGAUGGCCCUUCACCCCCGCGCGUUACGGCCCUUGCUGAUGCUGAUCGCAUUCGCUAGUCGAGAUGGGUACGUCGUUGGAUCGAGGAUGGAGGAUAGAUUCGAGCAAUGCUGCGGCUUGGGCGGCUCCUGGGCCAACGAAGGACUCCGCUGCGAGAAGUUCACUGGUCCUGUUUCCGGGGUGCCCAGGAUAGAGCAAGCCCUUUGCUUGGAAGCUGUGGACAUUUGCUGCGUGAGGGCUUAUCACGAGAAACAGUGCGAACUCGGGAAAACCGAGGCCCGGUCAGGAGUGGCCUGCAGCGGCUCGCAAAACACCCCGGCUUCUCGAAGAGGACCUCGCGUCAGCGGGGACUACCAUCGGGAUUGCUGCGAGGGGUGCAAACUUGGCAUCCUGACGGGGUCCAUCGGACAAGGUUGCGCCUUCAACAAGUUCACCUUUGGGAAUCCUUGGGACCCCGCUUUCCUGGAGUGCUGCCACGAAGCUCUGCCUUCCACCACUCCUAUCGACACGACUUGGACCGAGCCUUCCUCGACGGAGACGAGCGAAGACCCUACCAGCUCCUUGGCAGCGUCCCGAAGGACCUCGACGUCGAAUACCUGGGCGACCGGGGACGCGGGGACCACGGGAAUGACCGGAACGUCGAGAGGUACCGGGUCGACCGAGACUUCCGGGAGUUCUAGGACUUCGGAGACUUCGGGAACUUCGGGAAGUUCUGGGACUUCUGACACUGACAAGACUUCCGGAACUUCCGGGAUGACGGGCGCCGGAACUUCCGAUAACGACGAUUCCUCCUAUCCGACUCCACCGACUCCGGUUUUGGACGACAUUUGCGAGUUAAUGAAGGGGAUGCUGUGUACCGAGAUUUGUGUCCCGACCCCGGGCUCUUAUUACUGUUUGUGUCGAGAGGGCGGCGAGCUGCUGGAGGAUGGUAAGACAUGCAGAAGGAAUGCUACCGACAGAUGCGCGGGAACGAAUCCCUGCGAGCAACGGUGCACCGACAACGGGGAUGUCGUGAAGUGCAGCUGCGAUCCUGGAUAUGACCUCGCCGAUGACGGCAGGUCCUGUACACCCGCGACAACGGAGGCCACGACUCCAUCGGAAGAUGAGAACGAAUUGUCACCGCGUUGCCCACCAGGAUAUCGCUAUAACGAUACCACGCAGCUUUGCGAUGACGUGAACGAGUGCACCGAACUCGACUCGUGUCCUCGAGAGAACCAGGUAUGCGUCAACACGUACGGUAGCUACACCUGCUACGAGUUGACCGAGGAGAAGACGUGCCCUGCUGGUUUCAAGUACGACGUGUUCUCCAAGUCCUGCACAGACGUGAACGAGUGUGCGGAAAACAUUCACGGGUGCACGAUCGGAGAAGAGGAGUGUCGGAAUACGGAGGGUGGUUACGAGUGUAUCUCCACUUGUCGACCGGGGUUUCAGUACUCCCCAAUUUCCGGCAAUUGCAUCGAUGUGGACGAGUGCGCCCUGGAUCUGUCGAUCUGCGGAACCGGAGAGCGUUGCAUCAACACUAUCGGCGGUCACGACUGUUCUCCCAUGUGUCCCAUGGGUUUUCAACCUCGCAUCUCCUCGAAGAACGACCUCCAGGAGGAAGAGUUUCUCGCGGGAAAAUUCGAGCCCUGUCAAGGAGUCGAGGACUGCCUCUGCGAACCGAUUUCCGAGUCGACCUGCACGGGGACCAACGGCUCCUUCGUCUGCGACGACCCUUCUUCGAAGACUCCAACGACUACUGAGGAUGCAUCGAGGAUCGAGACGAUGAUCCCCGAAGUCGAGAUUACAACAUUAGAGAAUGGCUAUACAACGGUAGCUACGGGGACUACCGACUCAAUAGAUGUGGUAGGGAGGGAUAUCGUUGAUGAAGGAGUCGGUACCACUACUUUAGUGUACGACACCACGAGACCAGGCGGUGGUACAGCGCGUGGAGUCGCUGCCACGACGUCGGUCUACAGGAACAUUGCACCGAGGGUUGGCAGUAUUCCUGAAAUCGGUUCCAACACCGUAGAGAGCGGUACCACGGCUUUGGAAAGUGGUACGGCGAGACCAGAGGGUGGUGCAGCGCGUGGAGUCGGCGCCACGAUGUCAACUCGUAGAAACACUGCUCCAAGUGUCGGCAGUAUCCCUGAAAUCGGUGCCAACACAGUGGAGAGCGGCACCACGACCCCGAGGCCAGAUGCCGCCCCUCCCAGCGCGCCCACCCCACCCAUCGUCAGGAUCAAACCUUCUCGGGCAAGGUCGAGCAAUCCAAGGCCGAGAGGACCAACGCAGCCCAGACCCACGUCUCGCAGAGUCGGGGACCCCUCGAGGUCGGUGUGGGCUCUGCCAAGGCUGGCCUCUUCGGAGUGCCCCACUGGAUACUCCUGGGACGCAGCUACCAGAAGGUGCAUCGACGUGGACGAGUGUACCAGGUCCCCCGGUUGCCGGGAGUACGAGCGAUGCGAGAACAGGCCCGGGACCUACGAGUGCGUUCCUCUUUGUCGUAGCGGAUGGCUGUACAGGCCCGCGACGAGGAGUUGCCAGGACGUGGACGAGUGCCUUCUGGGGCGGCACGACUGUCCCGAGGGCACCCACGUCUGCACCAACACCGAGGGCUCCUUCGUCUGCACCCCGCUCUCGGCGUGUCGACCCGGGUACGAGCGCGUCCUCAACGGGAGUUGCGUCGACGUGGACGAGUGCCAGGACCAGGAGCUUCAUCGCUGCCGAGCUCAGGACCAUCGGUACUGCGUUAACAGAGACGGAGGGUACGAGUGCGUCGUCAGGCUCCCGGAUUGCGACCGGGGGUACAGGUACUCCUUGACCACCAGGGAGUGCGAGGACGUCGACGAGUGCGCCACUGGGAGGGUCACCUGCGACGUCAGGCUCGGCGAACGGUGCGUCAACCUGCCUGGAAGCUACACCUGCAAGACCCCCACGCCAUACUGGAGGCAGAGGCAACGGCAACGACCUGCGUGUCCCUCCGGGUACCGCUACGAAGCCAGUUGGAGGCAGUGCAUAGACGUGGACGAGUGCAAGGAGGAGCGGAACACCUGUUCAGCAGGGGAGGCGUGCUACAAUCAGCCGGGUGGGUACACCUGUGCGAAAAUUCCAACUCCGAUAACGAGGGUACCCGCGGCAUCGACGCGUUGCGGUCCAGGGUCCCGAUUUGUCCGUAACCGGGGGUGCGUCGACGUGGACGAGUGCCUGGAAACGGAGGAGGCGUGCAGCAGCAACGAGGAGUGCGUCAACACCCCUGGUAGCUACACCUGCACCUGCAAGACGGGCUUCCGGAGAGACAACCUGACCAGGGCAUGCGUGGACAUCAACGAGUGCCAACUCCAGCAGAACGAUUGUCUCCCGACCCAGAGAUGCGACAACACCCUGGGCAGCUACACCUGCAUCAGGUUCCUGCCCUGUGGGACCGGGUACACCCUGAACGCCGCGACGGAGAUCUGCGAGGACGACGACGAGUGCAUCCUUGGGACUCACGACUGCAGCGAAGGCUACCAUUGCAGGAACACUUUGGGUUCCUACAGAUGCGACAGGAAUCCGCGAGGGCCGAGCAACGCCGCGGUCGCGACGACGCCGUCGACGACGACGGCAAGGACGACGACAACGACACCAAGGACGACGAAGAUGCCGAUGGCGGAACCAGUCGUCUCGGCGGUCACCUCGCGUCGAGUUAGACCGGACUUUGCCACGCCUGGGGUAACUUGCCCCAGAGGGUUCGAACCACUGUCUGGGAAUCGGUGCGUCGACGUUGACGAGUGUCAACGGUCGCCUAGGAUUUGUCCAAAACCGACGGAGCGGUGCGUCAACACCGUUGGGUCCUAUGCCUGCGUCUCUAGGUUAAUAUGCGGCCAGGGCUACACCUUGGACCCGAAGGAUGGCCAGCGAUGCAUCGACGUAGACGAAUGCGCCGAGAAGACCCACGAAUGUGGACCUCGUCAGACUUGCGAAAACCGUCAGGGUGGCUACGCCUGCGCUUGUCCUCCGGGACACGUCUCAGGUCCUAACGGGGAUUGCGUCGACAUAGACGAGUGCAGCUUCUACAGCGGCCAGAUUUGCAGCUCGAAUGCUCGCUGCGAGAACACCGUGGGUUCCUAUAGAUGCGUCUGCCAGGAUGGCUUCGAAAAUGUCCCCGGGAAUGGAAACGCCUGCCGGGACGUCGACGAGUGCGAGAAGACGCCGGGGCUCUGUCAGCACGCUUGCGUCAACACCUGGGGGAGCUACCGGUGCACCUGCAAACCAGGGUUCAGGCUGAAUCCCGAUAAUCGGUCCUGCGUGGACGUCGACGAGUGCACGGAGUACAAGCAGAAUGGACUUUGCGUGGGAAUAUGCGAGAACACCCCCGGUAGCUACUCCUGCAAGUGUCCCGAUGGCUACAGACUCGGAAUCGACGGCAGGACUUGUCAGGACGUUGACGAGUGCGAGACCGGCCGAGUAUGCAGAGCGCCCAAUGAGAUAUGCCAGAACACGCGAGGUAGCUUCCGCUGCAACCGGAUAGAUUGCCCAUCCGGUUACUAUCAAGAUCAAGAAAGGAAAAACCGUUGCGUGAGAGCCUCGAGAUAUUGCCUGAGCGGCGACUUGUCAUGUCUGCGAUCACCCUCGCACUACUCCUACAACUUCAUCACCUUCGUCAGCAUGCUUCCUGUUCCACCUUCGGGACAGCUGGAGCUCUUCACCAUGAGGGGUACCCAUCAUUCCGAGUCGACGAUCCGAUUCAGCAUGGCCCUGGUCGCGGCGAGAGCUCCUCCAGGAGUCACUCGAGCUACCGAAUCCUGCUUCGCCCUUAGGAGGCCAGCUCCUUUCCAGGCCAUCCUGGUCCUCACCAGGAGCAUCCAAGGCCCUCAAGAGGUGGAGCUCGACCUUAGCAUGGAGAUCUACCACAACUCCAUGUUCGCCGGGAGCGCGGUGGCGAAACUCUUGAUUUACGUUUCCCAGUACGAAUUCUAAAGCGAUCGGCACGAGACUUCCAAGUUAACAUUUCUGCUCCGCCGAAGGCCCGCAAUGAGCCGCGCCGAAAACCUCCGCAAGGUCUGCAAGGGUCUUCCUUGAUCGGUUUAAGAUUAAUACGCAGUCGGCUCACGAUCUGCAGAAUAGUUUGCAUAUGGUCUGUAUGUCAUUUGUAUCGGGUAUGUCGAAUUUAUAUGCACAUCGCGCCAAUCCGAGUUCAGAGCGAUAAGAUCAGUAAUCUUAAAGCAAGGUCUCUCCUGCCAGUUUUGUAUUUUUAACCAAGUCCUUACGCAUUCAUACACCCUGCAGGCCAUUGUGCAAACUCGACAGCCCACUCGGGUGUAGAAUGAAAUCUGGCAGUCGGAUAUGUUAAAGUCGCGAUAGAGAUGUAUUACAGGCCAGAGGAUUCUUUCUUUUUUUUUAAUUCUUUUUUAUUUACUUAGGAUGCGUAUUGAUGAGACUAUUUACGAGCAAAUGAGUAAAAUCGUCGGAAGAUGUUUCCUGACAGUAUUUUGACCAGUGUCGACUACCAGAGCUCGAUUCGUCGACCCUCGGCGGGUCCCGAGGUCGAGGACUCGUCCAGAGUUUCCCUCCUGUGAACUUUUAAUUUUACGUCAACUUUACGUUUAACUUUACGUUAAGAGUGCCGCCCCAUGAUAACGAACUCUCGACCGACUAAGACGGUGCAACGAAUUUUAUUCCGAUGAUCGUUUUACUCCUGAUUAAUGGAAACUACGCGUACUUGCUUAAAUAAUAGGGCCAGUAUUGUCCGCGACAUGAGAGUAGGUAUAAGCAGGAUUAAGACAACGAUAUGAGAGUAAGUCUUUACUGUAAUAAUUACGACGUGGACCACGAUGAUAGAAGUCGAUUAGAUACGCGCGUCACUUGAUUAUCCACCUUCCUGCGCCGAUAUCAGACAACCUGCCGAUAGCAGUGAAUAGAGAUCCGUGUCAUCCUUUUCUCCGUUAUCGCGAGUUCUGCCCUUCUAAUUACCCCCCCGACGAUUAAACGUCUAUCAGUUACCAAGCACGGAAGCGAAUAAUUGCGGACGAUAAUGUCAUUACGGAUAUGUCACAUCGGAGUACAAAUAAAAGCCGAGAAUAUUA